AGAUGCUCAUGCACUAAGCUCCAGACAUCCUAGGCUUGAUCCCACCCGCUGCCGACCGGGGUCUGUCGGCGUUACAACUGCACUUCCUGGGCUGUUUCAUUCCCCUCUCCUCUUUGCCCCAACAGCUGCAUCACAAGGCGCAUCUGACCAAGGAGGUGGGACUGAUUGGUUUGACUUCUGCUCAUUGCAGAGUGAGCCGACCAUGUGUAGUGUGGCUGGCUGGGGGAGGACCAGCUUGACUGAUACAACCAACACCCUUCAGGAAGUGAACCUGUCGGUGAUAAACGAUGAGACCUGUUACAACUGGUAUCCAUACUAUUACCCCUCCAGCAUGCUGUGUGCAGGGGACCCGGACGACCAGAAGUCAAUUUAUCAGGGCGAUUCUGGAGGCCCGCUUGUGUGCUGUGGAGUGGCCGAGGACAUCGUCUCCAAGGGCAUCAAGAACAGCUUCGCGCCUCCUGCUGUGUACACACGGAUUUCCCACUUCAUGCCCUGGAUCACUGACACCAUGAGAGGAAUCUAGCAACACAGAGCCCAUGGCCAGCCACAGCCUUCUGCUACGCAACCUGCUCCUGGAAACAUGUGAUCAGACAUCCCUGUUAGUCUGGGCCCAGCUGCUCAUAGUCAACAUAGGCCUUGUGGCCAGAUCAGAGAUGGCGCCCUGUAGUGGGGAAAGGCCCCAUGUCCCAUUCCCCACCCCCCUGAGCCAGCCAGUCCAUCCCCUGCCCCAGGGUGGAUUGGAGCUGGUGCCCCCUAGAGGGGAAAGGUCCCAAGUCCCAAUCUCCACCCCUCUAAGCCAGCCAGCCCCCCACCCUGGGGCCGGACUGGAGCUGCCACCCCCUAGAGAGACAACAUACCACGUUCCUUUCUGCUUGUAUC